GAGUCAAGUGGCAGAAGUUCCCCCUCUCCAGGACCAAUGAACUGGGGUGGGGGUAGGAGGGAGGCCAUUUUCCUGAACCUGUUUUAAGACUCAGCACUUAGAGCAGAACCAGGAAGCUUCGGGGAGCCAGAGAGGACUGAGAGAGGGCAAGUCCCCCGGAGAAAACUGUUCCCUUCUGGGGUCAGAUGGCCAGGGUGGGGGUGGAUGGCUCUGUGUGCGAGUGCUGUGCCCCCCCAGGAGAGAGGAAGGAACGUGAGGCUUGGAGAGCAGAGACUGGAAAGGAGAGGGAGGAAAGCAGGGGUGCAUCCAGGGGAGGGGCCCCUCCGAAGCCCUUCUGGGAACACUGCCCUGGAUGAUAGCGCCUGUGUGACAGGAAGCGUCCAAACGACCUGCUAUAACUCUCUUGAAUGCCCCCCUUCCUGAACUAGCUUCUCUCCCCUCCAUCCUCCUCAGCUCAGGAGGGUGGAGACCAGAGUGGGGAAGCAGCCGGGCCGGGGGAAUGAGCCGGGCAGGUGGAAUGAGGCCUCCCCGGAACCAGGAGAGAUCUCCAGAAGAAAGGCUGCCCACUGCCACUGAACCCAGUGGACAGUGGUCCGUGGUCAAGCGGGUGCUAAUGGCUGGCCUGCUUUUCAGUGUGCUCCUUGGUUUCUCUGUGCUUUUGGUGUACAUCUUCCGGAGCUGUGGCCCUCGCCCCUGUACGACUCCUGUGUGUUGGGAUCUCCUGGCUCGUUACCUGGCCUCUGGAAACACCAGUGUGGCCCCCUGCACCGAUUUCUUCAGCUUUGCCUGUGGACAGGCCAAAGGGACCGAUCAUUCUUUCCAGGCUCUUGCAGAGGAGAAUAAGAGCCGACUUCGGAGAAUACUGGAAGCCCCAGGUUCCUGGCACCUGGGCUCUGGAGAGGAGAAAGCCUUCCAGUUCUACAGGUCCUGCAUGGACACAGAUGCCAUCGAAGCUGUUGGGGCUGCCCCCCUCAGACAAGUCAUUGAGGAGCUUGGAGGCUGGCGAAUCUCCGAGCCUAUCUACAACCUCGUCCCACCCCUCCAUACUCGCCAGUCAUCCAGUAUCUCUUGUGUCCAGAUAGACCCGCCAGAGUUUGAUGUUCCCCUCAAGCAAGAGCAGGAACAGAAGAUCUAUGCUCAGAUUGUGCGGGAAUACGUGACUUACCUGAACCAGCUGGGAACCUUGCUGGGAGGAGAACCAAACAAAGUACAAGAACAUGCCUACCUGUCCAUCUCCAUUACCUCACAGCUGUUUCAGUUUCUGAGGCCCCUGGAGCAGCGGCGGGCACAGGGAAAGCUCUUCCACAUGGUCACUAUUGACCAACUGCAGGAAAUGGCUCCUGCCAUCGACUGGUUGUCCUGCUUGCAAGCAACAUUCACGCCAAUGCCGUUGAGCCCCUCCCAGCUUCUCUUGGUCCAUGAUCUGGAGUAUUUGAAAAACAUGUCUCAACUGGUGGAAGAGCAGCUGUCAUAUCACAGAGACUUUCUGCAGAGCCACAUGAUCUUGGGGCUGGUGAGGACCCUUUCUCCAGCCCUGGACAGUAAAUUCCAAGAGGCACGCAGAUCAUUGAUCCAGAAACUGGGGGAGCUGACCGAAAGACCACCUAUGCCUUCCCGCCCUCGAUGGAUGAAGUGUGUGGAGGAUACAGGAACCUUCUUCCAGCCUACUCUGGCAGCCUUGUUUGUCCGUGAGGCCUUCAGCCCGAGCACCCAAAGUGCUGCUAUGGAAUUGUUCACUGCAAUCAAGAAUGCCCUCAUCAGCCGCCUCAGAAGGGUUCCCUGGAUGGAUGAGAAGACCCGGCAAGAGGCCCAGAACAGGGUCACCCAACUGCAGGUGAAGAUGGGGGCCCCAGAAUGGGCCCUGGAGCCAUCACAGGCCAGACAGGAAUACAACGAUAUACAGCUUGGACCCAGCUACCUGCAGUCCUUCCUGAGCUGUUUCCGAUCCCUCCAAGCUAGAACUGUCCAGAGCUUCUUGCAGUCUUUCCCCUACCACAGGUGGAAGGUAUCCCCCUGGGGGGUCAGUGCUUAUUAUUCAAUACCUGACCAUGUGGUGGUCUUCCCAGCUGGACUCCUCCAACCGCCAUUCUUCCACCCUGGCUACCCCAGAGCCGUGAACUUUGGCGCUGCUGGCAGCAUUAUGGCCCAUGAGCUGUUGCACAUCUUCUACCAGCUCUUACUCCCUGGGGGCUGCCCAGCCUGUGACACCCGUGCCCUACAGGGGGCGCUGCUGUGUAUGAAACACCACUAUGAGACCAUUCCCUUACCCAAUGGAACCUCCUUCAAUGGAUCGCGGACAUUCCUGGAGAAUGCUGCAGACAUUGGUGGGCUGGCCAUUGCACUGCAGGCAUAUAGCAAGAGGCUGUUAUGGCACCAUGGGGAGACCACCCUGCCGAACCUGGACCUCAGUCCUCAGCAACUCUUCUUCCGAAGCUAUGCCCAGGUGAUGUGUAGGGAGCCUGGCACCCAGGAGCCCCAGGAUUCUCACAGCCCACCCACCCUUCGAGUCCACGGGCCACUCAGCAACACCCCAGCUUUUGGCAGGCAUUUCCACUGUCCACACGGUACCCUCUUGAACCCCUCUAGCCACUGCCAACUCUGGUAGCCUGGCUACCACAGAGACUUCAAUCAGGUGACACAACGUCUCCCUGCUCCGUUCAUAGAAUCAGGUGACAAUCGCCUUUCUCCUUCCCUUCCAAAAAUAAAAGCUGGCACUUGG